AUGCAAUGCAAAACACAUUUCGAACACACCACUGAAGACAUACCACACGUCACACCUCUCAAGACAUACCGCAAGACAUACCGCAAGACAUACCACAAGUCAUACCACAAGUCAUACCGCAAGACAUACCGCAAGACAUACCACAAGUCAUACCGCAAGACAUACCGCGAGACAGACGUGAUGUCGACGGAACCGAUCGCCGAUUACCGCAAACAUGUGGCCGAUUUGGCCAAACGCGAGCCCAGGGAACUCGUGCUCAACGGACAACAGAUUGGCAAACAGGUGGCGGCCGAAGGGGGCCUACUCUCGGACCACGUGUUCGCCAUCAAGUCGUUGAACUUCUUGGAGGUGAUCCGCUGCGAGCCGUUGAUAGCGCUGUCGCCGGCUGUGAGCCGUUUGGACGCUCUGCAGUCGCUGGUCCUUCACAGCAACGGACUCAAGACAUUGCCGGACUCAAUCGGAUCGCUGUCUAAACUCAAAUUCAUGGACGUGUCUCGCAAUCAGAUCCAGUCGUUGCCGGACACCAUUGGCCAGUUAUCGGUCCUCCAGUCGCUGAACGCCGAGCACAACCAACUCGCCGACGUGCCGGACCUGUCGGGCCUCAAGUCUAUUCUGGUGGUGAAGCUAUCGGGCAAUGAGUUGACCCGUUUCCCGGCCUCGCUGUGCCCGGCGGACGGCUCGCUGCAGCACUUGUCCGAAAUACACGCCAACAGCAACCAAAUCGGCGACAUUCCGCACACCAUCAGCAAACUGCCGGCCCUCAAGCAUCUGGACCUCAGCGGCAAUCAGCUCCAGCAGCUGCCCGGCCAACUCGGCGACUGCUCUAAGAUCAAAGUGAUUGAUCUUAAGAAUAAUAAGCUAAAGGACCGGCGAUUGGUUAAACUCAUCGACCAGUGCCACACCAAACAGAUCAUGGACUACAUCCGCGCGCAGUGUCCGCGCACUGUCCCAAAGGCGGCCAAACCUACCGAACCCGAGACCACCACUACUACUGCCGAUGCAGACAAUGACGACGAGGCGGACGGCGACAGCGGUGGCGGCCGCACCGGUCGAGACCUGUCUCAAGACCGACGGGCGAAGGCCAGAGACGCUCGCCGUCGACGUCGAUCCACUUCGCGGUCGCCCCGGAGUUCGGAGAGCGACGAUCGGCCGACGCUCGACACCAUACAUGUGCUCCCCGUGCAGAAUGACGAGUGGUUUAAGGCGACGACAACGCCGGCGGUACACGAGUUACGCAAAAUUGUUGUCUGUCUGGUGCGGGGCGUGGAUCUGAGCCGCGACGGGACGAUCAAGAACUUUCUGGCCCUCCAGACCGGUCUUCACGCGGGUAUAUGCGGUCAGCGACAACACGCCACGAUCGCCACACACGACUUGGCCAAAGUGAUGGGCCGACAGAUCCACUUCGACGUCCGGCCGCCGACCAAAAUCCGAUUCCAACCGCUGAACAGAGCCAAAGACAUGACGGCUCAGGAGUUGUACAAACAGCUCAACGAAGAGGCCGAGGCCUACAGGAAGGAGAAGAAACGCCAGUCCUAUUCCGGUGUUCAUAAGUAUCUGUUCCUAUUGAAGGGCAAACAGCGGUUCCCAUGCGUUAUGGACGACAAGCAGACGGUCAUAUCGUUGCCGCCGUUGAUCAACUCGGAGACUACUAAGAUAACGGAAGAGACGAAAGACAUUCUGCUGGAAGUGACGGGCGAGUCGGUGCCCGUGUGUCGCAAAGUGAUGGACGCCCUGUUGCACGGCAUGCUUAAGCAGAACCUGAGUGCUGUGGCGCCGGUGGACACGGAUAGCAAUGGUGGCGGUGCUGUGGAAGUGGUGGCCGUAACCGCCGGUGUGGCCGCACUGGCCAUACGGCCGAAGUCGCUAUCUGUCGAGCCGGUGAAAGUGGUGGACACUGAGGGCAAACUCUACGUUCAAUACCCGUCCAAAACGGACCUACAGUUCGCGGACAUUGACGUGAAGAGACCGACUUAGCGCGUGUCGGGCGCUGUGUUUUAUCUGUUGAUUAUUUAAUUAAAACCCAUUUUUAAUCUCAUUAAUGACUGUUUUAAUUACUGAUUAUU